UUUAUGUCAGUUGGUCAACAAUUCAAAAAUGACAAAGGGCGUGGUGAAGGUGGAGCACAAAAACUUAUCAACAUCACAAAGUCCUAUUCAUUUACACGUAUCAGAGGAUGCUCCAGUGCAUCUACACUUUGAACCACCCGGUUACUGUGGCAACGAACAGAUGAAACCAGCACCUGAGGUCCGAAAAUACCCUGUUAAAUCCCAGAGCGCCUAUCAAGUACCAUGGAUUCCACCACCAGCAAAAACCAGUAAAGGAAAGUUUGCUUAUGCUACAAGACCAGCCACUCGGAAGACGAACGUCAUGUAUCCACGAAGGAGCACAUCAGCCGAUUCAAUUAUUCAUUAUCCAGAAGAUCCACUGGAGGAUCCAGUACUCCGAGGAACAACAAGGCAUGAUGAGAGACACGAAUUACCGGAAAAAGAUCGAAAGCUUUGUGCGUCACGACAGUCGAUGGAACCUGUGAGGGAGACCAGACCAGUAAGAUUUGCCGGAGAACUCUCACAGAAACGUAUUUACAACGACGAAAAUACGGAUCUCGAUGGGAUGGAAGACGAGGCUCUGUGGACCACAAGUGUGAUGGAUCAAUGGGCGAAUGACGUGGAGAAUGCGAUUGCACACGUUGCCAGAGCAGCUCGUAGCGUGGAACAGUACCUCGAUGAGAUAAUGGCUGAGGGUAGACAAGUAACAACCCGUGAUAUGAGUCGCCUAAACCAGCCAAAGGAUGACCUGGUUCUCCAUGGAGAAGUCGCUGUUCGGGCAGGUCGUGAAUUGUGUCGGUGGGCAUCCAGUGUCAAACAACAACAGGAGCGAUUUUUGACCCGCAAACUGCAAAAUGUCUCAAGUCGCGAGAACGCAAUGCAGUCGGAAAUUCAUCGUCUGAAAGAAUCACUGGAUAGAACAACCCUCGAAUUGGAAGAAACGCAGAAGCGAUUGGGUUCGCAGCAGAAUGAAAGUGCAAGGUUCACGUCAGUCACUGAAUCACUGGAGACAGUUCGGGCUCAUUUACAGCGCGAACUACGCCAACGUGAAUCCGAAUGUAAUCGCCUAUCCACUCAGGUACGCAGUUUGGAGUGUCGUCUGGCAGAAGAACGUGCUACGUUGCAAACACGCCUGGAGAGUUCCGCUGCAACAGUGGCACAGCUGAGUGAGACGAAAGAAGCGUUAAAACGUGCUGCCCGGGCGCAGAAAAAGCGUGCUGAUCAAGCCGAGAAAUCGCUCAAAGAUCUCCUUGAGCGCCUUGAAAAGACAGAUGGCAGAAUCAUGCCCGGUGAAGAGACUGUAGAUAGACGUUAUACUAGAGAGGAUGAUGAACAUGGUGGAGGGCAGGUGGGUGAUGGUGCCUCACGUUCCUAUUCACCAUCUUCCGUCUCGAAACAAAGAACUCCCAGGGAAAAUUUUACAAGAGCUUCUUCGAGAGAUGCGCACCUUGAGAAACUGCAGGAAGAAAAUGAACACCUUCGAGAUAUCGCAGCCAAAUGCGAACGGCGGAUGGCAACGGCGGAGCACGAAAUGGAAGAAUUGCGUACCAGUUUAAUGCAAUGUGAAUCGAUGCUGCACGACCAACAACGAGAUGCAGACGCGCAGGCUCAUAAAUUACGUGUUCUGACGGAACAACUUCAAGCUCGAAAAAACAGUCGAGAUGAGAGGGAAAAGUCACCAACCUAUCAUAGAGAAACACAACUAGUCGAGGAAUUACGCAGACAAUUGGCCGAGGCUCGCAACGAGCGUGAACAAGUGGAACACGCGGCGGAAAUACGCUCGGCCGAACUACGGGCCCAACUGCAGCAGGCUGAUGCAACCAAUCGCAGUCUACAAGCCUACCUUACGUUCCUCAAACGAUCCUACGCGAGUGUAUUUCAACCAGAUCUAGCCCAAUUACUUGGAGGCAGUAAAAACGGGAUCAACUGCAACCUGCUCAAGGCGCAAAACACUUUGGAAACGUCUGAUAUGAGCCCUGGACUUUCACCACAAGCAGUGACAAGAGAACAACAACACCGCUGAUCAACACAAGAAUUAGCAUUCUACUCAGCUUUCCAAUGUUUCACACUCCACGCGCUUUUUUGAGUGAAACCUGUCAACAACUUUCCCGCAUUGUGUUCAACUGCAGAGAAUCUUGUGAGGGCUCAAAGAAGUCUAAUCUUUUUCUAGCUAUUACAGUGUGUCCUAGAGGCUUUUGAAUAUACUCCUCUUACGAUAUGAGUCUUUCCAGAGCUUUCCUCCGACUAGUAUUGCAUACACGGUCCAAUCCGGUGUUUUGAAUGUGUCCAUCUUAGAACGUCUGGUAACAGGUAGCGUUUUCCUUGCGU